AUGUCAAAACCAGUUAUAGAAAUUCCAGCAACAGAAAAACAUACAGCAACAGUUAUAUUCCUCCAUGGUUUGAUGGAUACAGGUGAAGGUUGGAAAGGACCAAUCGAAAUGAUUAAAGCAGCUGGUGGAUUAAAUCAUAUUAAAUUUAUUUUACCAACAGCACCAAUUAUUCCAGUAUCAAUUAAUUUUGGUAUGCCAGGUACAGCAUGGUUUGAUAUUAAAUCAUUAAAUCCAGGAUCAAUGGAAGAUUUAGUAAAUUUAGAUAAAAAUAUGAAAUAUAUUGACUCUUUAAUUGAACAAGAAAUUAAAUCAGGAAUUCCAUCCAAUCGUAUUAUUUUAGGUGGAUUUAGUCAAGGCGCAGCAUUAUCACUAUAUACCGGAUUUCAACUUGAAUCAAAAUUAGCAGCAAUUGUUUCAUUAAGUGGUUUUAUUCCAUCAUUAGGAUUACCAGGUAAAGUUAGAGCAGAGAAUAAGGAUAUCCCAACAUUUAUGUUUAACGGAACUGCUGACCCAGUUGUAAACUUCAAGUAUGGAGAACUUUCAUAUAAAACAUUAUCCAAGAGUGAUGUUAAAAACAUUGAAUUUAUACCUAUUCCAGGUUUAGGUCAUUCAGCAAAUGAAGAAGAGUUAAAACAAGUUCAUGACAUUUUUAAAAAAUAUUUACCAAGUUUAUAAUAUAUAAAGUGAAAUAAAUAAAACCAAAUAAAUAAAAGCAAUUUAAAUUAUUUUAUUU